AUGUAACGAGAUUGUAUUCGCUUAUCUUCAGUUGGCCGCUUGGGCACGGGGCAUGUGGCGAGCAUGCCCUCAAGCAAGCACAGCACAUGCGCACGGAAUUUAAGUAAAUAAAGAUACUACUUAUUCGUGGAGAAAAUAUUAUUCAAUAGAACGAAGGAAUGGAGUUCCCUGUGGACGUCCUGGCCAGCGUGACCCAAGAGGUCCUGGAGAGAUCAGCCCAGGACUACAUGAACAGCAUCCUCCACAGCAAUCCAGACUCACCUGCACAUCUCACCCUCGCCAACAACACACAGGUGCCCAUUGGGCUUUCCAAUGUGGGUUUUGUCCCUCUGUAUGGAGCCGACCAGAGACAGAAAGUCCUCGCCCUGUUCUCCCCACAGGACCAGUUUACAGCGGUGGGGCUGUACUUGUUGGAUCGAUGGUGGUCACUGGAGGACAUCCUAAAAACAGCAGACCCUGCCAGAGAUGGAUGUGUGGAGGUGGAGACUCUAGGGGAGAGGAUAGUCCUGUACAUUUUGAAUCGUGUGGUGUACAGAGCCAUGGAAAUGAGUUCAGACGAACUACCUUUCCUCUGCCACGGGGAGAGCGACAACGCUAAGAUCCUCUGGAAAGACGGACAGGCAGUCGGCUUCUACUCAGUCAAACCUUCAGGCAGCUUGUGCAGUACCUUCUUAACCCAGUGCUAUCAGCUUCCUAUCAUGGACUCCAUAUUCGUCAGGAAGUGUCACCGUGACAACGGCCUGGGCCUUCAAAUGCUGGAGAACUUUGUUGAAUGUUUCAAAGAGGACUGCCUUGGGUUGAGAUUCCCCCUUUCAAAAGUUAUGUACAAAGUGUGUGGGAAGUACCUGAGCCUGUACCCGGCCGACAGAGACCUGCUGUGGGAGGUGGAGAGUGUUGGAAGACCCAGCCAGAGGACUAACAUAGCCAACAAGAUCCAGGCUAUGGGUCUGAGCUCCUUAUCCAAGUACCUCCCCUUUACGGAGCACUCUGUGGCGAACCGUGUGGGGGCUGAAAAUGAGGGGGUAAUGGAGAAAGUGACAUCACGCAUACAGGAAGCCAUGGAGUACACUGUUGAAAUUGUGGAGGACGUUACACUGGUCAAAGUGACAAAAGAGAAGGAAGAAACGCCGGUUACAAUCAGAGGCAGGAGCAGUGGCCAGAAAUUCAAGAAUAUCUCGGAGGAAAGCAAAUCAGAGGAAAGCAAAUCAGAGAAAGUCAUCAGGAUUGAGGAUAAUGAAGCAGAGGUGGAUACCCCAAAAGAGAAUCCAGUUUUAGAGCAUCAGCAAGAGAAUGAAAAAGUUGUUGCUGUAGCUGAAUGCGACGAAGAGGAGUUAGCUGAGGAUGUCGUUGACAUAGCCACAGAGGACACAGCAAUUGAGCUUGAUAAUGUGUCCUCGGAGAUUGAGGAGGAGGAGGAGGAGACGGAGGAGGUUCCAAAGGAGGUGGCAGGAACCAAUGAAGACAAAGAAGAGAACAAAGAAGAAACAGCCGAAGAAUCCUCGAAGGAGGGGAAAAAAAGAAGAGGCAGACCAAGAUCCACUUGUCUCACGAAACCUGUUGAGGCUGUGGAGGAGAGAGUGGAAGAGGAGCAGCCAGUAGUUGAGGAACCUGCUGAGGAAGAGGAGAAUAUCUCACCAGCUGAGGAGGAAGAGGCAGCUCCAGUGGUAGAAACAAGAGUCUUGAGGAGAGGAAGAAAAAGCGUUCCACCUACCCUAACACCAAAAUGCAAGUCCACAAGAAGAGGCAAACUGCCUGAGGAAGAGAAGGCGGAAGAGCCAGAGGAGAAAGAGGCAGCUGAGGAAGAAGAGGCACCGGUAGUGGAAGCAAUAACUGAGGAAGAGGAAAGAUUGGAGGAAGAGAAGAAAGAGGUGGAAGCAGAAGAAGAAGAAGAAACGGUAGAAAAACUAGCAGAGGUAGUUGAAGAGGCAGAAAAAGUGGAGGGGGAGGCAACAGCGGUGGAUAAUGUAGCAGAUGAACCAGUAGAAAAACCAGUUGAGGAAGAAGAGAAGACCACACCACCUGAGGAGGAAGAUGAGGCUCCAGUUGUAGAAACAAGAGUCCUGAGAAGAGGAAGAAAAAGUGUUCUAGUUACUACACCAAAAUGCAAGGCCACACGAAAAGGCAAACGACCUGCGAAAGUGGAGGCGCCAGAUGAAGAGUCAGCUGAGGAAGAAGAGGCACCAGUAGUAGAAGCCAGAGUUUUGAAGAAAGGAAGAAAAUCUACCCCUGCCAAACCCAGAUGCAAAUCCAAACAACGCCACAAACAACCCGAGGAAGAGGUAGAGGAGGUGGCUGAACCUGUGUUGGAUUCUGUGGAUAAAAUGGUAGAGAGAGAAAAAGAAGUGGAGGAAACAGCAGCAAUAGAGAAGGGAGAAAAAGUGGAGCAAGAUAAACCAGUGGAGAAGGAAAUGGCAGAGGAGGAGGUAGCUGUAAUAGUGGAAGAAGAAAUGGUGGAGGAAGAAGAGGAAACUGAAAUUGCACCAGUGGGAGAGGAGAGUGUUGCAGAAGAAAAGGUGGAGAAGGAAGCAACAACUGGGGAAGAGGAAAAUGUGGAGGAAGAGAAGGAGAAAACCGAAGCUGAACCUGAAUCAACGGAAGAGGAGAGUGCUGCAGAAGAAAAGGUGAAGGAGGUAGCAACAACUGAGGAAGAGGAAAAUAUGGAGGAAGAGAGGGAAGCGGGGAUAGUGGAGGAAGAACAAAUAGAGGAAGCUGAAGCUGCAGUUUCAGCUGAAACUCUUACUGUGGAAGAAAAGGUGGAGGAGGAAGCAAAAACCAUAGAGGAGGAAAAGGUGGAGGAAGCAACAACUGAGGAAGAGGUAAAAGUGGACGAAGAGAAGAAAGAGGAAACAGUUAUGGAAAAACUAGCAAAGGAAGUUGCUAUGGUAGAAGAGGCAGAAAACGUGAAGGAGAAAGAAGAGGCUAGAGAAGUGGAAUUUGUUGCAAAUGAAGUGGUAGAAAAUCCAGUUGAAGAAAAGAACACCUCACCAUCUGAGGAAGAGGAGACCUCACCACCUGAAGAAGAUGCUCCAGUUGUAGAAACAAGAGUCCUUGGGAGAGGAAUAAAAAGGGUUCCUGCUGUUCUGACUCUGAAAUGUAGGUCCACAAGAAAAGAUAAACAGCCUGAGGAAGAAAAGGUGGAGGAGCCAGAAGAGGAAGAGGAAGCUGAGGAAGAGAAGACCCCAUUAGAGGAAGCCAGAAUCCUGAGGGUAGGAGGAAAAUCAGCCCCUGCUACUGCCACACCCAGACGCAAAUCCACACGAGCCAGCAAAGAACCUGAGGAAGAGGUGGUGGAGGCGGCUGAUCCUGUGGCAGAAGCGGUGCAAGAAGAAAAAGCUGUGGAGGAGGAAAAAGGAGAGGAAGAAAAAGAAGAGGAAGCUGAAACUGCGCCAGUGGAAGAGGAGAGUGCUGCAGAAGAAAAGGUGGAAGCAGAAAAAGCAGAGGAAGAGGAAGGAACAGAUCAGGAAGAGGAAAAUGUGGAGGAAGAGAAGAAAGCACAAAUAGUGGAGGAAAAGGAGAAAGAGGAAGCUGCUGCUGAAGCUAUAACUGUGGAAGAAGAGAGUGUUGCAGAGGAAAGGGUGGAGUAUGAAGCAGGUAUAAUAGAGGAAGAAGAUAUUGUGGAGGAAGAAAAGGAGUCAGCAGAUGAAGAAAAUAUUGAGGAAGCUACAGCUGUCGAAGAAAGAGUGGAGGAGGAAGCAAAACACGCAGAGAAAGAAAAUGUGGAAGAAGCAAUAACUGAGGAAGAGGAAAAAGUGGAGGAAGGGAAGAAAGAGGCAGAAAAAGAAAUGGGAGAAAAACUAGCAGAGGUAAUUGAAGAGGCAGAAAAAAUGGAGAGGGAGGCAACAGCAGUGGAGAAUGUAGCAGGUGAAGCAGUAGAAAAGCUAGUUGAGGAAGAAGAGAGAACCACAGCACCUCAGGAGGAAGAGGAGACCCCAGUUGUAGAAACAAGAGUCCUGAGAAGAGGAAGAAAAAGUGUUCCAGUUACUCCACCAAAACGCCAGUCCACACGAAAAGGCAAACAACCCGAGGAAAAUGAGAAAGUGGAGGCACCAGAUGAGGAAGAGGCAGCUGAGGAAGAAGAGGCAACAGUAGUGGAAGCCAGAGUUUUGAGGAAAGGAAGAAAAUCGGCCCCUGCCAAUCCCAGAUGCAUAUCCAAACAAGGCAGCAAACAACCCGAGGAAGAGGUGGAGGAGGAAAAGGUAGAGGAGGUUGCUGAACCUAUGCUGGAUUAUGUAAAGAAAAGGGAGGAGAGAGAAAAAGCUGUGGAGGAAACAGCAACAAUAGAGGAGGAAGAAAAAAAUGGAGCAAGAAAAACCAGUGGAGAAGGAAAUGGCAGAGGAAGCAACUGA